UUUAGGUCGUUAUCCUCCUGGGCCUGGUUGCCAUCGCUGCGGCUGACAGCAGGGAAUCCUAUGAGUAUCUGCCUCCAAGGGUUUCCUCUGAAGAAUCUGCUGAGUCCUACGAGUCUUCCGAAGCCAAAUACAGCUUCAACUGGGCCGUGAGCGAUGACUCCUCAAGCAACGAGUUCGGACACCAGGAGGCCCGUGACGGCGACCACACUCAGGGAUCCUACUACGUGCAGCUUCCCGACGGCCGCCUGCAGACCGUCAAGUUCAUCGUGGACGGCGACUCUGGAUACGUGGCCGAAGUCAGCUACGAGGGCGAGGCCAGCUAUCCCGACUCCCAUGAGUCCUUUGAGUCUGAGUCCGCUGAGUCUGAGUCCGCUGAGUCUGAGUCCGCUGAGUCAGCUGAGUCUCGCGAAUACAGACCUCCCAGGCCUCAGUACUUCUACGACUCCAACGAGUCCAAGUAAAUUCUACGGACUCCACAAUGCUAUCUCUAUAUAUUAUUUAUUUAUCAAUCUAAAAUAAAUUUGCAUAAUUC